GUCCAGAACCUGCCCUGAGACGCCAUCUGAUUUCCACAAGAUUUUUCAGGGUUCCUUGGGGCAAGCUAAGGAGCCCUUUUUCCAGCUUACGUGUGACUCGAGGUCUGAAAAUUGCCAUACUGCUAGUUCUGAGCUUAUCUUAGGACCUAAUUCUAGACUCGAGCUAAAGCCCUGCUCCGGGUAUAGUCUCUCAAAGUCUGACUUCUCUUGUUCUAGACACGGCUCUCUUUCUGAGUUCGUAGCAGCUCGACAAAUCUUUCCUCGCUUGCAUCUCCUGCCGCUGGAGACUUUCUUAUCCGCCAUUGUUGGAUGUCAAGCGCUGAGGCUUUCACCUACAUCUGAAGGCAAUGGAGUCUCAACGACGAAGCUCUGGGUAACGGCCAGUGGUGAACAGUCAUUUAAGCAUUAUUCGAGACAAACAACACAGGCUAAACACUUGCUAACCUGUCAGGCCUUGUACGAUUUGCAUGAGCAUUUCGAGGAGACCAGGUUUGUAUUAUCUCGUGCCACUUGUUGCAUUUUGAUUUCGUAG